UAGUAUUCUCUCUCCCCUCUUUCUCUUUCUCUUUCUCGAUCUAAGAGCUGUCUCUCUUUCCUCGGCAUCUUAUUUUAGCUCUCGUACUCUCGUUUAUCUGACAGAGUUGGAGCUCAUCAGUUCUUCCUUCAUUCUCUUUCAGUGAGACAAAGAAAAGAGAGAGAGAAAGCAAAGGAUUGUGCAAAAAUGGAGAUUUCUAAUGCUAACGAGCAGCAGGUUAUGUCAAGUCAUGGCUUGGAAGAACUUUUCAUUGCUUGCCGGAAGCCACCAGCACCAGCGCUGGAGAAGAAGACCAGAACUCAACCAGAGCAAGCCCUCAGGUGCCCACGUUGUGACUCUACUAACACCAAAUUCUGCUAUUACAACAACUAUAGUCUUUCCCAGCCACGCUAUUUCUGCAAAGGCUGUAGAAGGUAUUGGACUAAAGGAGGAUCUCUCCGGAAUGUUCCGGUGGGCGGCGGCUGCCGGAAGAACAAAAGAUCAUCUUCUUCCUCAUCUCUUUCUUCGUCCUCGAGCUCCUCUUCCAACUCCAUCAUUCCUUCCUCAGAAAAACCUCAAGAUGACCAAACGAGCUUCAUUUCUUACAGCCAUGGUGAACUAACAUUAGCCUUUUCAAGGCAGGUGUGGCCUUCAUUUGCUGAUCAUGAACGUUUCUUUCUAGGAAACCCUAACCCUAAUUCUGGAAGUUCAGGAGGAUAUCUUAACUUUAUGAGAAAUGGGUUUCUUGAAACUAGUAAUAUAAAUGGAUACCAUCAAAUAAACUAUGGAAAUAAUGGCAGUGUUGUGGAGGAAGUGGAAGGAAAUAAUCCAAACACAACUGAGAGAUCUUGCAAAAUGUUGAUGGAUAUACAGAUGUCAAAUGGUGUUGAUGGAAGCUUGGGAAUGGAGUAUUCUUCUUGGCAUGGUAUUAUCAAUAGCUCUCUUAUAUAGUAUUAUGAGAGCUAGUUAGUUAACUAAUGUGUGCAUGGUUAUAUAUAGUUUAUAGGUUUAUAAGAUAUGAAUAUUUUCAUUUGGUUUUGUUUGUUUGGUUCCUUCUGGCCUAGUUUCAUGAGUUUCUCUUUCUCAUCAACAAGAGUUUUCUUUUCUGUAGCCGUAAUCCUUUUUUUAUUCUUCUACUGAGAGUUGAUUUGAUCAGGAUCA